UAGUUUAUACCUUGCGUUAAGCGAAUGCGAUGGUCUAAUUAAUUCGUACAAAAGGUAUACGACCUACUCGGAUCGUUCAAGUUACUCGAUUCUUUCACGCUGCUCGGAUCGAAUCGAUUAUUCGAACCGACGAACUAUGUAUAUCUAGGCUCGUUUUCUCUGAGUAAUAUAUUUCAGGAUAUAAUGAUGGAAUUAUCAAAAGACACCAUUGAUGGUCUUGCUAAUAUUCUAAACACAAAUAUUGUUACUGAUGAUAACUUUCUACAAAUUCUAGGAAUGGCUACUUCAUAUAUAUAUGACAAUCCUACAGAAAUAAAAUGCACUAUCAAAACAUCUGAUGCGAAACCAAUUUUAACAAAGAAGGUUUUUGCUGAUGUGGUAUGUUUACUUAUAGAGGCUACCCGACAUGAUUUAGAUGAAGAAAGCUUAAGAAGUUUUUUAAAUCUUGUAUAUAUUGGUGAAAAAAGAAUUACGAAAUUAUGCGAAGUAUACAUUAAUAAUAAAAAGGCAAUACAGUCUCAGUUGGAAUUGAUAGGCAAUAAUCCACCUCACAUUAUUGAUAUAGACUGGCAUUUAGAUUACUGUGUCAAGUUGGACACAUGCAAUUCACUAGGUGUUCCUCUUUAUCAUGUGCGGCUUAGUACUAAGAAACAUGAAACAAUAGAUCAUGUAACAUUUUCAUGUACAAUACAACAGCUGCAAGAACUGGUAUUUAAGCUCAAAGAUGCCAUCAGAUACUCAGAGAAGCUUACUAAUGUUUAGCUGUAUCUUUAAGUUAUUGAUUUGCUGCAUAUAGUAUGAUCCAUGUAUAUUUUCAAAUCUCCUUGGAAUUACUUUUGUUUUAGCUAUUUCUAUUACAAUAUGUGAGUUUCUAUAAAUUAUAAUUAUCAUCAACUUAUAACAUUUAUGUAUAUUAACAUUUACACAACAAUUAUUAUAGUAAUUGUUUAAUAAUAAACUCAAUAUUUGUACGUAUAA